AAUAACAACAAUUACGCUACAUUCACAUUGUGUGGUAAAUUAAAAUACUUUUGCAGAGGAGUAGCCUACAUGCAUUUCCAACACUAAAUGCAUGAUAAAUCUCGCUUGUGCUUUAAAUAAAUAAAUAGUUUGUCCAUAUGCAAAAUUUAUGACCACGUCUUCUUUGUUAAGCGGCAUGGCCUGGCCAUUCAAAUCUUAUGAAGUCUAAUCCAAUCAUAAAUUGCUCUAUCGGACCAAUCAGGCACCUCCGAGGCAUCAUUCAAUGGGACUCAAGCGGAGGACUUUAUUGAGUCUCAUUGUUAUGGCUGUCAGUCCUCAAAGGACCCUUACAGAGGCCUAGAUAUAAAGGACCCCUUCCCAAACCGACAGGGUCCAGAAGCAAAUCGCCUCUCGUUCAGUUCAGAGCUUGGCAGAAGAGACUUUUCUAAUCCUAACAGGAGUAACCGCGUCGUCUUAUUUCGCCUUAAAAUAGCCGGGACAAUGAUGAUCCCCAGUGUUAUCGCGCCACCUGCGAUAUAUUCAGCGUUUAUGCGUCCUGCGGCGUCGUUGCAUUCACCUUUCCCCGCUCACCCGAGCUUUCUGGUGGAGGACCUCCUGCGCAUCAACAGACCCGGCGGUUACCUGAGCCAAGACGCGCGCUCGCCGUGCGCCUCCCCUCCUACUUCAACGCCUCUUCCCAUCCCGGAUAACUCCAGGCUAUUGGACAGAGUCAGCCCCUGCAUGACGGAGAAACGUGGAUCUUGCUCCCCAAAAACGUCAAUGUCCAGCAAAGAUCCAACCUACCUCAAGUUUGGGGUGAGUGCCAUCUUGGCACCAUCGCCAAAGAAAGCCGCAUCUCCUCCGUCGGUUCACGGCAUGCAUCCCAAAGGAUUCUCGGUGCCUUAUUUUGACGGUUCAUUCUGCCCUUUCGUCCGUUCCUCGUACUUCCCCGCUCCUUCAUCGGUCGUACCCAUACCCGGAACUUUUUCCUGGCCGCUUGCCGCGAGAGGGAAGCCCAGAAGAGGGAUGCUCCGCCGGGCGGUGUUUUCUGACGUGCAGCGCAAAGCUCUGGAGAAAAUGUUCCAAAAGCAGAAAUACAUCAGUAAGCCCGACAGGAAAAAGCUCGCGGGGAAACUCGGCCUGAAAGAUUCGCAGGUCAAAAUCUGGUUCCAGAACCGGAGAAUGAAAUGGAGAAACUCCAAGGAGAGGGAGCUGCUGUCUUCCGGCGGCUGCCGAGAGCAGACCCUGCCGACCAAAACGAACCCCCACCCAGAUCUCAGCGACGUGGGCAAAAAGUCCUCCGAGGACGAGGAAGACGAAGACGACGCGUGCGCCACGUCUCGUUUCUGCCUGUCUUCGACGCGCGAACUUUCACACAGCACCGAUUCCAGCAUUUCGUUCAAACACUCGGACUUUUCUGAAUCAGAGGAUGAGAUAACGGUUUCAUAAGCAACUUUAGCAGCCGCGUAAUAGCUGGUUCACGCCGUAGACACGCUUUGGGUUUCACCGGCGUAUGAUUUCACUUCUGCGUUCGUAGCAAAUCUUUUCCGCAUCACUUUAUAUUUGGAAAUUCUUCCGCAAAAUGAGUUCGCUGUCUCGCACUGUACAGUAUUUUGUACAAAUAUUUUUGUAUGGAUAUUUUAUACCGACGAUUUUGAGUUUUAGAUUCUUUAUUAAAGUUGUAGACGUAUGUAUAAUUUAUACGAAUUUAUCUCUUUGUGACACAUUGUAUGCAUAUGUAUAUGUUGGAAAUGUUUUGUAUUGUUUGCAAAUAAAUUGUAAAUUUCA